UUUUUUUUGUUUCAUGCAGGCGUUCUUACACCGGAUGAACCAGUGCGCCGCAUCAAAAAUUGACAAAAAUGUAACAGAAGAAACAGUGAAGAUGCUGUUCUCAAACAUUGAAGAUAUCCUUGCAGUACAUAAGGAAUUUUUAAAAGUCGUGGAAGAAUGCCUACAUCCAGAACCUAAUGCUCAGCAAGAAGUGGGAACCUGCUUUCUUCACUUUAAAGACAAGUUUCGUAUCUAUGAUGAAUACUGUAGUAACCAUGAGAAGGCCCAAAAAUUGCUUCUUGAGCUUAACAAAAUAAGAACAAUCCGCACAUUUCUUUUGAACUGUAUGCUACUCGGAGGACGGAAGAACACAGAUGUUCCCCUGGAAGGAUAUUUAGUAACACCGAUACAAAGAAUUUGCAAGUAUCCUCUCCUUUUGAAGGAGUUGCUGAAGCGGACUCCAAGGAAACACAGUGACUACGCAGCAGUAAUGGAAGCCCUCCAAGCCAUGAAAGCCGUCUGUUCCAACAUAAACGAGGCCAAGAGGCAGAUGGAGAAGUUAGAAGUUUUGGAGGAGUGGCAGUCUCACAUUGAAGGCUGGGAGGGAUCCAACAUUACCGAUACCUGCACUGAAAUGCUAAUGUGUGGAGUCUUACUGAAAAUCUCUUCUGGAAAUAUUCAAGAACGGGUGUUUUUUCUUUUUGAUAAUCUUUUGGUGUAUUGCAAAAGAAAACACAGACGGUUGAAGAAUAGCAAGGCAUCUACAGAUGGACAUCGGUACCUUUUUCGUGGCCGAAUCAAUACAGAGGUGAUGGAAGUGGAGAACGUGGACGAUGGCACAGCUGAUUUCCAUAGUAGUGGACACAUUGUUAUCAAUGGAUGGAAAAUACAUAACACAGCAAAAAAUAAAUGGUUCGUGUGCAUGGCAAAAACACCUGAAGAGAAGCACGAAUGGUUUGAAGCUAUUUUGAAAGAAAGAGAACGGAGAAAAGGUUUAAAAUUAGGAAUGGAGCAAGACACCUGGGUAAUGAUCUCCGAACAGGGUGAGAAACUUUAUAAGAUGAUGUGCAAACAAGGAAAUCUGAUCAAAGACAGGAAAAGAAAACUGACCACGUUCCCUAAAUGCUUCCUUGGAAGUGAAUUUGUGUCAUGGCUGUUGGAAAUUGGAGAGAUUCACAGGCCUGAGGAAGGGGUUCACUUAGGACAAGCAUUGUUAGAAAAUGGAAUCAUCCACCAUGUUACUGAUAAGCAUCAAUUCAAGCCAGAACAGAUGUUAUAUAGAUUUCGCUAUGAUGAUGGAACAUUUUAUCCAAGAAAUGAGAUGCAGGAUGUCAUUUCAAAGGGAGUGAGAUUAUAUUGCCGUCUCCAUAGUCUGUUUACUCCAGUGAUAAGAGAUAAAGACUACCAUUUAAGAACCUACAAAUCUGUAGUCAUGGCCAACAAACUGAUAGACUGGUUAAUUGCACAGGGGGAUUGCCGUACCAGAGAAGAGGCAAUGAUAUUUGGCAUCGGACUCUGUGACAAUGGAUUUAUGCACCAUGUCCUUGAGAAAAGUGAAUUCAAAGAUGAACCCCUACUUUUUCGUUUUUUUGCGGAUGAGGAAAUGGAAGGAUCAAAUAUGAAGCACCGACUUAUGAAACAUGAUUUAAAAGUAGUGGAAAAUGUUAUAGCCAAAUCAUUAUUGAUUAAAUCCAAUGAAGGCAGCUAUGGUUUUGGGUUAGAAGACAAAAAUAAAGUUCCAAUAAUAAAGUUGGUAGAAAAGGGGUCUAAUGCUGAGAUGGCUGGCAUGGAAGUUGGGAAAAAGAUUUUUGCUAUUAAUGGUGACCUAGUUUUUAUGAGACCUUUCAAUGAAGUGGACUGCUUCCUGAAAUCAUGCUUAAACAGCAGAAAGCCACUAAGAGUUCUUGUGAGCACAAAGCCAAGGGAGACAGUGAAGAUCCCAGAUUCAGCUGAGGGACUUGGAUUCCAGAUCCGAGGAUAUGGCCCAUCGGUUGUACAUGCAGUAGGAAGAGGGACUGUGGCUGCAGCCGCUGGUCUUCACCCUGGACAGUGUAUUAUCAAAGUAAAUGGUAUCAAUGUCAGCAAGGAGACACAUGCCAGUGUCAUUGCACAUGUCACAGCCUGCAGGAAAUACAGGAGACCAGUGAAGCAAGACUCCAUACAGUGGGUUUAUAAUAGCAUUGAGAGUGCUCAAGAAGACCUUCAAAAGGCUAACUCUAAACCCCCAGGAGAUGAAGUAGGGGAUGCAUUUGACUGCAAAGUAGAAGAGGUGAUUGACAAGUUUAACACCAUGGCCAUCAUCGACGGGAAGAAGGAGCACGUGAGCCUGACUGUGGAUAACGUCCACCUGGAAUAUGGUGUUGUGUAUGAGUAUGACAGCACAGCCGGGAUAAAGUGCAAUGUGGUGGAGAAGAUGAUUGAGCCCAAAGGUUUCUUCAGCCUCACUGCCAAGAUUCUUGAAGCCCUGGCUAAAAGUGAUGAUCAUUUUGUGCAAAACUGCACCAGCCUUAACUCUUUAAAUGAAGUGAUUCCUACUGACCUUCAUAAUAAAUUCAGUGCCUUUUGCAGUGAAAAAAUUGAGCACAUAUGUCAGAGAAUAUCCAGUUAUAAAAAGUUUUCACGGGUACUGAAGAAUAGAGCCUGGCCCACCUUUAAACAGGCCAAAUCUAAAAUUUCCCCAUUACACAGCAGUGAUUUCUGCCCUACCAACUGCCAUGUCAACAUAAUGGAAGUUUCCUAUCCCAAAACAUCAACCUCUCUGGGGAGUGCAUUUGGUGUUCAGCUGGAUAGUAGGAAGCAUAAUUCUCUUGAUAAAGAAAAUAAAUCUGAGCAAGGGAAACUGAGCCCUAUGGUGUACAUUCAACACACAAUCACAACAAUGGCAGCCCCUUCAGGUCUGUCUCUGGGACAGCAGGAUGGACAUGGGCUCCGAUAUUUGUUAAAAGAGGAAGACCUAGAAACUCAAGAUAUUUAUCAGAAACUGUUGGGCAAACUUCAGACUGCACUGAAAGAGGUGGAGAUGUGUGUUUGUCAAAUUGAUGACCUUCUGUCUUCCAUAACAUAUUCUCCUAAAUUAGAACGUAAGACAUCAGAGUGCACAGGACCAACAGACAGUGACAACGAGAAGGGAGAAAGAAAUAGCAAACGAGUCUGUUUUAAUAUGGCGGGAGAUGAGCAGGAAGAUUCAGGUCAUGACACCAUCAGCAACAGAGACUCUUACAGCGACUGCAACAGCAACAGGAACUCGAUCGCGUCCUUCACCAGCAUCUGCAGCAGCCAGUGCAGCUCGUACCUCCACAGCGACGAGAUGGACUCAGGUGAUGAGCUUCCCCUCAGUGUUCGCAUUUCUCACGAUAAACAGGACAAGAUACAUAGUUGUCUCGAGCAUCUUUUCAGCCAGGUGGAUUCGAUUACCAAUCUCCUAAAAGGGCAAGCUGUUGUAAGGGCCUUUGAGCAAACCAAGUACCUCACACCAGGGCAAGGAUUACAAGAAUUUCAGCAGGAAAUGGAACCAAAGCUGAGUUGUCCAAAAAGGUUAAGGCUUCACAUCAAGCAAGACCCUUGGAAUCUUCCCAGCAGUGUCCGGAAUCUUGCUCAGAACAUCAGAAAAUUUGUUGAAGAGGUGAAGUGUAGGAUACUCCUGGCUCUUCUUGAAUAUUCAGACAGUGAGACACAGCUCCGAAGAGACAUGGUUUUCUGCCAGAGUCUUGUGGCCACAGUCUGUGCCUUCUCUGAGCAGCUUAUGGCAGCCUUAAACCAGAUGUUUGACAACAGCAAAGACAAUGAGAUGGACACCGGGGAGGCCAGCAGAAGGUGGCUGGACCAGAUAGCGAACGCAGGUGUUCUUUUUCACUUUCAGUCGCUCCUGUCACCAAACUUGACAGAUGAACAAGCCAUGUUAGAAGAUACACUGGUUGCACUAUUUGAUUUGGAAAAAGUUUCUUUUUACUUUAAACCGUCAGAAGAGGAACCACUGGUUGCAAAUGUUCCUCUUACAUAUCAAGCGGAAGGAAGUCGGCAGGCUCUGAAAGUUUACUUCUACAUUGAUAGUUAUCAUUUUGAACAGCUGCCUCAACGUUUGAAAAAUGGAGGAGGGUUUAAAAUUCAUCCUGUUCUUUUUGCACAAGCACUGGAGAGCAUGGAAGGGUAUUAUUAUAGAGACAAUGUUUCGGUGGAAGAAUUUCAAGCCCAGAUAAAUGCAGCCUCAUUGGAAAAAGUCAAACAAUAUAACCAGAAACUCAGGGCGUUCUACUUGGACAAGUCAAAUUCACCACCUAACUCCACAUCCAAAGCUGCCUAUGUAGAUAAGCUAAUGAGGCCUCUCAAUGCUUUGGAUGAACUUUAUCGACUGGUUGCCUCGUUUAUCAGAUCCAAGCGCACGGCCGCCUGUGCAAACACAGCUUGCAGCGCCUCCGGGGUCGGUCUGCUGUCCGUGUCCUCGGAGCUGUGCAACAGGCUGGGGGCCUGCCACAUCAUCAUGUGCAACAGUGGCGUGCACAGGUGCACCCUGAGCGUGACACUGGAGCAGGCCAUCAUUCUGGCCAGAAGCCAUGGACUGCCUCCUCGCUACAUCAUGCAGGCUACAGAUGUGAUGCGGAAGCAGGGAGCAAGAGUUCAGAACACAGCAAAGAAUUUGGGAAUCAGAGACAGAACCCCACAGUCUGCUCCAAGGCUGUACAAGCUGUGCGAGCCGCCUCCCCCUGUUGGAGAAGAAUGAGGAGAAUCCCCAAGGAACCAGGCAAGCAGAAGCUUCUGAACACUAGACAAAAGACAUGCUGGCUAAACAUUCUUCAUUCAAGAUAAAUAAAUGAAAUUUUUUUCUCUAGCUCCUUCCCCAUGGAGUAAAUAACCAAUGUUCUUCUUGUACGUGGAUACUUGUGCCGGAAAUGGAUGAGAGAUCACUCAGACCAUCUGUAGCUUCACAAACUAAUCUGUCUAUGUAUUGACACUAACUAUUCAUUUUUAGGGUAAAUUUUGUCCUUGGAAUUUAUGAAAAAAACAAACAAACAGGUAAACAAUGAACCAUUGUGCCUCCUCUCCCAUUAGUUAGAAUUAUUUCAUUGUGUUUGUUUUCAUCUUCUCUGAAUGGAAUCAUGUGAUAAUGGAUAUUUCCACUUGAAGAAGUCUUUCACUGAAGAAAGAUGGACACACUUUUCAAAUCAUCAUACAGAAAUGUUACAGACCACAUAGACUGGGUGUUAUUGUAGGCAUUCGGUCCCCUACCUGCAUCAGAGAAAGUAUGAUUUGUGAAUGGUGAAGAGCAUGCUUGACUCUUUUUCCUACAGGUUUAUUUCUCAGUAACAGAGAAGAGAGCUGAAUGAGGCUUCUACCAAGACUUUCUUCCCACUGCUUGUGGUGGGAAGCACUGCUUUGUGCUCGUGGACAGUUCCAGCAAGUGGGUGCUGUCAUUGGUCUCUGAAAUGGCAUGGCUUCCUAGGGCCACGUGUACUGGUGCUGUGCCACAGGUGGCCAGGGGGUGGAGAGGGGUGGAGAUCAGGGAGGUACGGGAGGGGAGAGUGGGGUAAAGGAGGAAGUUUAAGUCCAUUUAAAAAGUCAAAUUUUAACUUAGAAAGAUACCUAAAAUUCUUACUUUUAUUAAGACUUCCAUAUGAGAUGUGAGACUCUGAAGAGAAUACACCGUGCUGAGUAUUUUUCUAUCAAGUCACCAUCCUAGAAGCCUUAUUUCUCAUUAGAAGGAUGAAGGGGUCACUUCAACACUUCAGUCAUACUUUGCUAUGUUGCAUGGAGGAAAUUAUCUGCAAUUAUAGUAUGUAUAAAAUAGCAUAUUUUUAAGGGUCUAUUCUCUAUAUAGUAGGAUGUGCUUAAUAUUUUACAGGUUAAAUGUAGUGUAAGUGUACCAACCUUCAGAGUGCUUGGUACUUCUUGAAUGCUCCAAAGUUAGUAAUGAUUUCUAUUCUCAUCAGUCCCUGUCAUUUUUUAUUACAAUAAAAAUUGUAGCUAACAUUUAAGUAGUUUCUAUGUGCCAAGCGGUACCUCCAAGUGCUUUAUCCCUAUUUGUUGUUAUUGUUUCACUAAUCCUUACAAAGACUGGGAUGGUGUCUUUUCAUCAUCCCCAUUUCACAGUUGAGGAACUGAAGCAAAGAAGGGCCCAGUGACUCGUCCAAGACCACAGGACUGACAAGUGACAAAAGUAGGAUUUAAAUCCAGGAAGUCUGCCUUCUUAAUGCAUUACACUGCUUCUCCAUAUUCACGUAAGAACUGUUGUAAUAUUACCCAUUAUUUGUUAGUAAAGUUGUGACAUGUGUUGCCAUUAAGUUAUACAUUUUAUAUUGAGUAAAAAAUGAAUGGAAACAUAUAAAAUGUCUUUAAUAUGUGAAAAUCAUAAGAUUUCCUAGGCAUUUUACCAUUCUGGAUACACAUUUUGAGGCAAUGCAGUGCUGUUGCAAUCUGAAAAAAUAGAUUCCUCAUAAUUGAAGGUAACAAUUUUAGGUAUGUUUUGAAAUUCUGGAAAAGUAUACCAUAUAAAAUUUGACUAUGAUUCCAAGACAGUGGUAGCAAUAAAAAAGAAAAUGCCCAAUGAAUGAAUGGAUAAAGAUGAUUUUUCAAUAUCAUAAUGUGCCUCCACAUGACACUGGACAGUUAACUGGCCAUGAGUUUUUAGAAUGAAUUUACCUAAAUGCUCACAUACUCCUCUAGAACUCCUUGAAAUGUUGCUAAAGCCCUACCAACAGUUCUUCCAAGUUCUGAGUUUGGACAUUUGCUUCUCUUCACCUAAAGGGGAAGGUCAUGCAUAGAAAUUUUGGUUCUUAACGUGGGAUCUAAGUCAAAAAUAAUUGCUAACUAGUAAUCCAUAGUCAAUACAUCUUAAAUAUUCCAUUAGAUCUUAUAUAAAGUUAUCUACUAUAAAAUAUAACAAAACUUAAUAUAAUGUUAACAGAAUGAGCAAUUUGAAGAGACUAGAAUUUUCCAUCUAUUUUUGUUAUUGUUUAACAAGAAACAAAGAAGAAUUCCUGUACUAGCUUUACUUCUAUUGGAUAUAUAAAGUUGAAUUUAGGAGGCAUCAGGUUUGUCGAAAUACACAGGAAACAUGCCUGGUAGGCCAUCUUUUGACCACUGACAGUAGUUUUCUACUCGAUCUGGAGUCAAUUUACCUGACUUUGCCAUCCAGAAGAAGUAGCUGGUUAAGAAUAAAAUUAUUGAAUUUUCAAAUGAUAUUUCUACCAGAAAUAGAAAGCUUUGGAUACUUUCGAGUGCAGAUAACAGAAUAAAUGUCAUCCGUGUACUCAUUCCACAAAUAUGUUUGAGAAUUCACUUUGUAUAAGGCACAGCCAGUGGGCCUUUUUUUGUGUGUGGGAUGUGUUUGGUUUGAAAACUUUCACAUUAUCUCUUUUGUGUUAAUGGACACUUGUGUCUUUUACGUGAGAUGACAUUAUUUGUAAUUCAAACCUAUUCUAAUACCUUAUAGGUAUAUAUACUGUAAGAAUUCAAGAGUACUAAGUUGGUAAAAUGCUUUAGAAAAUAUACAUUUAAAUUUGAAUAUCUAAUGCCGCAAGCAAAUUUAUUAGAGUUUCAGAUGAAUAUGUAUUUUUGUAACUGCCAAGUAAAUGAGUAGAUCAUAGCUUUUGCUUAAAAAAUAUUUUUAUAAGUAUUCAGUUGAUAGUUGCUUUAUGUAUUUGAAUAUAAUUUACAUUUCAUUAUUUUAAAUAGUAAAGUAUUUUACUAUUUUAAAUAGUAAAAUAUCAAAUUUGUUCUAUAAACAGUAAUUCUUUUGAAUAUAUUCAUAUUUAACAUUGUAUAACCUCCAAAAUGCAAUGAUAUAUUUCACCUGAGUGUAUUAUUGUAAGAGUCAAUUUUUCCUUUGUAAAAGAUACAUGUAACAUAGUUUCAAUCAUUCAAUAUUUUGUGAAUGGUUAAAAUGACCAGUGUCUUAUGUAUUUCAUAUCAUUUAAUUUUGUGUGGAAGACUAGAAUAGUAGCAUUGUGUUAUUAGUGUCAAUAAUAAAGUAAAAUGUAGUAUGACCAUUUUA